AUGGCACCUUAUGAGGCGCUAUAUGGAAGGAAAUGCAGAUCACAUGUUCAUUGGAAUGAAGUUGGCGAGCGGAAGAUUUUGGGUCCAGAGAUUGUGGAACAAACUAUACAAGCCAUUGAAAGGAUCAAAGAUAGUAUGAAGAAGGCUCAAAAUAGACAGAAAAACUAUGUAGAUAAAAGAAGAAGGGAUUUGGAGUUUUCCAUUGGUGAUAAGGUAUUCUUAAAAGUUACGCCCAUAAAAGAAGUUUUACGGUUUGGGAAGAAAGGAAAGCUUAGACCUCGAUUUAUAGGCCCGUUUGAGAUCUUAAAGCGGGUUGGGAACGUUGCUUAUCAACUAGCCUUACCACCAGAACUCUCAGCAGUACAUGACAUUUUCCACAUAUCAAUGCUCAGAAAUUAUAUCCCCGACCCAACCCAUGUAAUAAAGCAUCAAGCAUUAGAGAUACAGCAAGACCUGAAAUAUGAGGAGGCACCAAUAAGCAUUGUUACUCGGGAGGUACAAAGGCUUCGCAAUAAAGAUAUACCGUUGGUCAAGGUGUUAUGGCAACAUCAUUCAGUUGAAGAAGCAACAUGGGAGCGCGAGGACGAUAUGCGAUCCAAAUAUCCCCAGCUGUUUGAUGACGAGAAGUAA